ACGUGCAUAAAUUACCAUAAGAUAGCGACAAGAAAAGGUAGAGGAUGAAGAAGUUGUUGAAGAGGAAGAGAGUGGAGUAGUAAGAGAGAACGGAGUAGAAUAAACACUCGGUUAUUUUAUUUUUCAUAAACGUGGGUACGUAUUCUGGUGUAGCUUUAAUACAAACAUCCAAACUCCCUCCGGCUUCAGUGAAAGAUCCGCGCUUGAGGCGAACGGGAGUACUUUUGCUACGGUGCUCUUGUUAACUCUUUAUAUUUAAUUACAAAUAUUAAUCAUCUGUUUUUAAGUGACUCAAUGUUAUCAAAUAUUUAAAUUUAAAUUAUUUAUUUAUUCAUUAAUUAAUUCUACAAAUUAUAGAUUUAAGUAUCUAAUGCUCGGACAUUAAUGCAAUUAAAAAUAAAAAACUGUAACGAUACUGUUGUGGAAAUUGUGUCAGAUAUAUGUCCAUGUCCUCAACCGGUUUCCGAUUGAUUGCACACGAUACAAGUUAAGAAAGAAAGGCCUUAUUCGGAAGCAACACUCAUAUUUAACCAGACUCAAGUUCGUUGCGUGACUCGGUCCUGUGGGCGAUCUUUUGAGCUUCACUUCACUGAUUACUCAUUUUUUAUUUUUUAUACAGAUUUGAAACAAGAGUUCGUUGACUCAAGGCUUUGAAAGCGGAACCAAUGGAUAAAUUUUUCAGCGUAGAAGGGAUUCAAGUUUUUUAUUUUGCCGAAGAAAACAGUCGUGAUGUAGAGACUACAUGACUAAAGGAGUUGAGAAAUAAAGAAGAAGAAGCAGAAGAAGAAGGAGAUAAAGAUAAAAAGUAUAAUUACUGACGUUAGUGGACUUAAAUAAUACAUAAUGAUGAAGAUGGAAGUAGUAAUGUCACCAGGAAGAUUUAAUGAUGAUGGAGCGCCGUUUAAAAAUGAAGAAAUUAGAGAAUGGUCGAGAGUUGAUCGUCUAACGGGGAUGCUGGAACGCGCGAGAAUUGAAACCGGGAGAUGGAAAACUAAAAAUGAUGAUGCUGCUCGUUCUUAUGGAAAAGUUACGGACCAACGCGAACGUAAUUCCGUUGACGGCAGUGUAACGCAAAAAGCACACAGACAAGUUGAAAUAUUCCAAAGUAAAGAACCUGGCAGGUCUGUACAAGUUGUACGCGCGUCCCAAUGGUCGUCUUCUAAAGUUACCGAUGUUGAAAGUAUUCCUUCAAGCCAUGGAUUAAAUAGAAUAAAUGAUGAAUUAAAAAUAGAUAGUUGGAAAUUACCAUCUUUACGUGAUAUCCAUGCGGAACUAGAACGCGAUACUGAAUUACCUUCUAUUAGAAAUACAAUAAAUGAUAAUGUGUUUAAAAAAUGUACAUUAAAUAAAAAAAGUAACUCAGAUGAUGAUUUAUCGAUACUAAGUACUGGUGAUUCAUCAAAAAAUAAAGAAUCUUUUACACGCGAUUGUAAAAAUAGAAGAUCGUUACAAAUUCCCCCCAGUGUUAUUUCGAUAUCGUCGAGUACCAGUGAGGAAAAAAAUAUUCAAAAUGAUAUUUAUUCCCCGUUGUCUUCAGCAACUAGUGGGAACACAUCAGUAAUUAUUGGCGACAAAUCUCAUUACGGUUCACUACGAAAACCUCCAGUUCAAUCAUCACCACUACCAUCAUCUUCAUCGCGAAGUAAUCGCCCGGCAGUUACUGUAGUAAAUUUAAUAAACCCAUUGGAAAAAUAUCAAGAUGAUUUGAGAAGUAAAAAAAGUAUUGUGACACUUCGGUCUUCGCCGAUUGCUGAAGAAGAUUUGAAAUUAUUUAAUAGUAAUAAUAGUAAUAAACAAAUUGGUGCUAAAACAAAUUCAUCUGGUGAUGAAACGUCAUCGGCAAUAAAUUUACCUGGACGAGUUAAAAAAGUUGGAUUUUGUAAGACUGAGAUACAUUUUGCAGCCGAUUCUGGUAAAGUUAAUAUUGUUGAGACUGAUGGCAAACCACCGCCGACGAAUCGGUUUCGUCGACGCAAACGGAACCAUAAUUACUCAUCUGGACAAGCUGGUAGUUAUCCGAGACGAAUGAUUAUUAAGGAAAUACCACCUGAUGUUAAACAUAAUAAACUAACAGGUGAUGACGUAGGCGCUUACUCUGUUGUUGAUUUAGAGACCAAAAAAUUCUGGACACCUGAGCGUGAUGGUAAAAUUCAUACCACUAUGAUUAAUGUCAGAGACAAUGAAGAGUUAAAGAAAUCAAAAGAAUUAACAUCACCAAAAGUCGUAUCUGAAGUAAUAUCACGUCGAAAUAUUGAUCAAGUCGACAAUAAUACCGUAACAAAAGACGCUGAAAACAACCGCGUACUCUCAACAGUCGUUACAACUCACGAAUCCACAAUUGCACGCGUCGAAGACAAUGUUCCAAAGAUUAAAAAGCCAACUGAUGAUUUUAAUAAAUUCACUUCCUCAUUGCUACGAAGAAAUAAAAGUAAUGGAUUGAAACGUGCGUCGAGUGUCAAAAGUGACUCGGGCAAAAAUUCACUUAAUAAAAAAUCAAGUAAAGACAAAGACAAAGACAAAAAUAAGGAUAAAGAUAAAGAUUUAAAAGAUCCCGUGUACAUUAACGUAUUUCGAGCUAAUCGUACUCCCAUAUACGAAAAUUAUCAACCACCAGAAGAAUUGACAUCUGAACCCACCCACGGAACUGCAAAGGCAAUUGAUAAAAAAAAUUCAUUUAAAAUAUCGAAUAAACUAGGAAAAAGAUCUCCAGUAACUACAACACGUUUCGCAACGUGGAGUGGAUCCAUAGGAAAAUAUCCCCGUGAUUUAACGAAAGCUAAAGUUAUUAAAAAAGUAAAUAGUACUAGUAGUAAUAAUAACAGUAACAGUAGUAAUAACAGCAGUACAGAGACCGGUAAAUUACACCGGAAGUCAAGUCCUACGAGUGAGUCAAAGAGAUCAGAUAUUAAAACCGGAUCAAGAUCCAAGAAACCGAUGGAAGUUAUUUAUCGCACGGCUGUUUAUAACAUGAAGAAUGAAAAGUUGUCAAAGCCGACUAAAGGCAGAGACAGUAAAACCCCUCCACGUUACAUCAAUGAUCUCAUCUGCGGCAGCAAAACCAGUCGCCCGAGUAACUCAAAGCAUAAAGGCUCCAUUUCUCAGACUAACAAAGAAAUACAAACGAGCCACUGGAAAUAAAUGCUCAAUGUUAAUAUUAUUAUUAUUAUUAAUUUUUUUUUAAUCCGUUAAGAUCCAGUAAUAAAAUUAAUUCGUUAAUAAUUUAUGUUAAAUUUAUACGAAUAAUUUAAAUCUGUUAAUGCUUUUAAUAUAAGAGACUUAUUGAAAUGACAUUAGAAAAAGAUAAAUGAUGAU